AUGGUUUCUUCCGCGAUUCAGAGUCUGCUGGCUCGCCCUGCAUCGCGAAGCCAAGUCCGUGACUUUGAUGACUCAUCAGCGGAGGCCUUAAAGACCGUCCAGCGCCAGGCGGCAUCGGCAUCGGCAUCAGAACCACCAUCGCAUCCACCUAGAGUCGCCGCUUCUUACGAGGACGAUGGCCUCAUCUGGAGCUGCCCUCUCGCUCCUCACCCCACCGGCGAGGUGUCGCUGGCCCUCGCGGAUGGCAACGUGGUGUGCGAGGACUUCAGUCGGGUGGACGUGGGCCCCUUCGGCACGCUCGUCGCCGUGUUUGACGGCCAUGGCGGCCCGCACGCCGCGCGAUUCGCGGCGGACAGCCUCCUCGGCCACGUGCAUCGUGCGCUUGGAACAGGGUCCUUUCAAGAAGCAGAGGAGCGAAGCCGCGGGGCUAGCGUGGGGGGAAGAAGCGUGCGCGAUGGGAACGGAAGCACGCAUGGUGGUGGCGGCGGUAUGUGCGGCCGAGACGGAGGAGAAGGGAAUCUUCCAAGGCCGGGUGAUGAUGACGCAUCAGCGCACUCCCAUCUGUCUGCCGGCGAGCCCAUUGCGAACGACGACGAGCGCGUGUGCAGCGCCAUUCUGUCCGCGUUCGAGUCGACCGAAGCGGACCUCCUCGCGCUGGUGCGCGCCGCGUGGCAGCACCGCCCCGAGCUCGCCUGCUCGGGCACCUGCGCGCUCGCCGCCUUCUUCCCCGCGCACGGCGCCUCCGCCUUCGUCGCGUCCCUGGGCGACUCGCGCGCCGUGCUGGGAAGGCGGCGGCCGCUAGUGGGAGGACUGCUGGAUAGCGCGCAAAGUGCCCGGUGGAUGGGCGGCGUAACAGCCGUUCCUCUAUCCGAAGAGCACAACGCAAGCCAGGAGCGGGAGAGGCAGCGUCUACAGCAGGCACAUCCCGGCGACCCCACAGUCGUGAUGCACCGCAACGGAGCGUGGCGCGUCAAGGGAAUCAUCCAGGUCACGCGCUCGCUCGGCGACUUCUACUUAAAGCACAGGGAGUUUCAGCAGUCGCCGCUGCCGAGGCGGUUUUGUUUGGACCAUCUGGGGUUGUCCCCGGGGGUUGCGCUGCGGCGGCCGCUGCUGAGGAGUGACCCGAGCGUGGUGCAGGUGCGCGUGGGGGAGGAGGACCGGUUUGUCAUCCUGGCCUCGGACGGCCUGUGGGAGCACGUGAGCCGCGCUGAAGCAGUCAAGCUGGUCGACUCACGGCCAAGACAGGGCAUCGCGCACUACCUCGCGCGCACGGCUGUGUCGCGAGCAGCGCGCAAGGUGGGGCUCAGCCUGCUGGAGCUGCGGCUGCUGGAGCCCGUGCACAGGCGCAAGGUGUAUGAUGAUAUCACCGUGGUUGUGGUGUUCCUGGAUAAGAACAUCCCUGCAGCUGCUCCUGCAGCUGCUGGUACAGGUGCAGGUGCAGGUGCAGGUGCAAUGGUGUCUGCUGCUGUUUCGCUUCCUAAAGGUGGCAAUGGUGUGGAAACGGGGGAACCGUGGAGCGCUGGUGACAGUGUAAGGCCUGCAAGUGUGAGCAGCAGCAGUGAGAGCAGCACCAGCGAGGGCAUGGAUCUCACUGGGGUGGACAGCGCCAAGCUCAGCAUCAGCAGCAGCUCCAGCAGCAGUGUGGUUUCCCCUGAGAGCUUAUCUCCCAGAUCGCCUCACCCAGUUCCUCCUCCUCCUCCUGCUGCUGCCCCUCCCGCUCUCAGUGUCGCUGGCGCUGUUCCUGCAGCUGAUUCCCAUCCUCUUGCCUCUGUAUCCUUGGGAGCUGCAAGUGUUCCUGUGUCCUCCUCGCCCCCUGCUGAUGACUCUCCUGUGGUGCCCCAGCCGUCAACUCCCCACCAGGCGGGUGUGACGAGAGGACGAGCACCACAGGUUGUUGAGGUGAUGGCACGUGCACAUCAUUCACCUCCUCCUCCAAUCCUGCACGCCGAAUUGCGCCGCUCUCCACCCAGGGAUGGGCUGGCGUCGGCGGAAGGGGAGCGGGGGCGGCCGCGCCCGGAGGCGGAGGCGGAGGCGGAGGCGGAGGAGGAGGGGGAAGUCCGCGACACGCGGCAAGACGGGCCAUGCUGCGUCGGCGCGCGUUGGCGGCGACGGCGCUGCUGGUCCUGGUGGGCGUUGCCGUGGUCGUUCCGUCGUACACGUGGAGCUCUAACCGCAACUCGCGGCCCGAAGCUGAUAGCAGCGGCGUCAGUGCGAACAGUGGAGCUGGCGCUUUGGGGGGACGAAUUGGAGGACGAUGUGGAUGGCUAUGCUGAGCGCAUGCGCUCCCCUUACAUCUUCGAACCAUCUGGUUACCCCCCUUGGAUCUUUCCUGGUACUGAUUCUGCUGCUGCCACCGCCCCUGCCAAUCCCCGGGACAACCAGACAAUAGCAGCAGCAGAAGCAGCGGAGGAAAGCGCAGCAGUUGUGGAGUGGAGGGAGGGGUUGGAUAAGGCGGAUUUGAAGUGCGAGAAUUUCUGGGGGGAUGGGUACUCAGAGGUGCACACUUUGCUAGGCAUGCCCCCUGUUGGCACUGUCCCUCAUGCCCCAUUGGAUGAGAACAGUGCGGAUGGGGAGAACGCGGAUGGGGGGAACGCGGAUGGGGGGAGCGCGGAUGGGGGGAGUGGUAAGGCAGGCGGAGGGGGAGGCGGAGGAUCAGGAGGAGGAGGAGGAGGAGGAGGAGGAGGAGAAGGGGGGGAGAGCGGAGAGGUGUGGGUAGCCGGGCGGAACGAAGAGAAGGGGGGCGACGGGUGGUUGCGAUGCGUACGCAACCCUACGCUGGAGUCAUCCGUGUGUGAGGCAGGAAUGCUGGGCGUUUUCCCAGAUAAGAUGCUCAUGGCGCGCGGGGGAGAGGAGAUCAGAGACGUGAUGGGGCGGAUAGAAGACGAGGAAUACCCCAUGUGUGAGGAAGGGGCGUUCCAGGUGCUGCUGAGGGGAGUGGUGGAGGAGAGAGGUGGCGGGGUUGGGGGAGGGAUGAGGCGGGGCUUGGGCGAGACGGGAGGGGUGGGGGGAAGUGGGGGAGCUGAGGGGGGGAAGGGGGGAGGUGGGAAGGGAGAAGGGGGUGUGGCAGGGGGGGGAGGGGGGACGUUGGCGGUGGGGAUAGCGCCGGCACGGAUAGAGGCGCUGGUGAGCGAUGUUGGCAACACACGGGAUCUGCUGCGGAGCGUGCGCACUGCUGAUCGGAUCAAAUGUGGCGUGGUGGAGCGGCGGUCUGUGCUGCUGGUGACGCGGUACGAGUACGUGAACAUAUACCACACCAGCACGGACUGGCAGAGUGCUUUCCAUGCCAUGCGCCUGCUGCACAUCUCCGUGCGCCCUCUUGUGGUCUUCCUGGACGCGCAUGCCAAGGUGGGGACCGCGGGUGUGCGGGAGUGCGGGGGUGGGAGUGUGUGGAGGGGCAUGGACGGACUGGCAGAGUGCUUUCCAUGCCAUGCGCCUGCUGCACAUCUCCGUGCGCUGCGCCCUCUCGUGGUCUUCCUGGACGCGCAUGCCAAGGGUAACCUGGACGAGGCGUGGGCGAUGCUGUUCGGGCCGUACCGCUUCAUCAAGGAGUACCAGCAGCAGCUGCCUAACGCCUUCACUAUCAUCCCCAUCGCCCACCCCUCCCCACCCGUCCACCAACAGGGCAACCUGGACGAGGCAUGGGCGACGCUGUUCGGGCCGUACCGCUUCAUCAAGGAGUACCAGCAGCACGUGCCUGCCGACUGCGCGGUGUGCUUCCAGCACGCGGUGUUUGUGCCCGUGGGGUACGCCACGCCCAUCUUCCACUCCUACGGUGAGGAGCUGAAAGAUGCAUGCUCAAUCAUUUCAUCUCCCCUCCCCUCUCCCCUCCCCUCUCCACUCCCCUCUCCCCUCCUCUCUCCCCUCCUCCCCCCCCUCUUCUCUCCCCUCCUCUCUCACCUCCUCUCUCCCUCGCCUCCUCUCUCCCUCGCCUCCUCUCUCCCUCGCCUCCUCUCUCCCUCGCCUCCUCUCUUCCUCGCCUCCUCUCUCCCUCGCCUCCUCUCUUCCUCGCCUCCUCUCUCCCUCGCCUCCUCUCUUCCUCGCCUCCUCUCUCCCUCGCCUCCUCUCUUCCUCGCCUCCUCUCUCCCUCGCCUCCUCUCUCCCUCGCCUCCUCUCUCCCUCGCCUCCUCUCUCCCUCGCCUCCUCUCUUCCUCGCCUCCUCUCUCCCUCGCCUCCUCUCUUCCUCGCCUCCUCUCUCCCUCGCCUCCUCUCUUCCUCGCCUCCUCUCUCCCUCGCCUCCUCUCUUCCUCGCCUCCUCUCUUCCUCGCCUCCUCUCUUCCUCGCCUCCUCUCUCCCUCGCCUCCUCUCUUCCUCGCCUCCUCUCUCCCUCGCCUCCUCUCUCCCUCGCCUCCUCUCUCCCUCGCCUCCUCUCUCCCUCGCCUCCUCUCUUCCUCGCCUCCUCUCUCCCUCGCCUCCUCUCUCCCUCGCCUCCUCUCUCCCUCGCCUCCUCUCUCCCUCGCCUCCUCUCUCCCUCGCCUCCUCUCUUCCUCGCCUCCUCUCUUCCUCGCCUCCUCUCUCCCUCGCCUCCUCUCUUCCUCGCCUCCUCUCUUCCUCGCCUCCUCUCUUCCUCGCCUCCUCUCUUCCUCGCCUCCUCUCUUCCUCGCCUCCUCUCUCCCUCGCCUCCUCUCUCCCUCGCCUCCUCUCUCCCUCGCCUCCUCUCUCCCUCGCCUCCUCUCUCCCUCGCCUCCUCUCUCCCUCGCCUCCUCUCUCCCUCGCCUCCUCUCUCCCUCGCCUCCUCUCUCCCUCGCCUCCUCUCUCCCUCGCCUCCUCUCUCCCUCGCCUCCUCUCUCCCUCGCCUCCUCUCUCCCUCGCCUCCUCUCUCCCUCGCCUCCUCUCUCCCUCGCCUCCUCUCUCCCUCGCCUCCUCUCUCCCUCGCCUCCUCUCUCCCUCGCCAUCCCGCUCUUCCCUACAGUUGUGUGGCGGACAGCACAGCGGGUGGGCCUUCACCCUGCUUCCCCACUUUUCCUCUCCCCCCUCUCCUCCCUCCUCUCACCCUGUCUCGCACUCCCCUUCUCCUUGCACUCCCCUCCACUACACCUCUUCUCCCUCCCUCCCUCUCCCCCCACCAGGUGCGUAGCAGACAGCGCAGUGCAGGGGGCCAUCAAGUGGGGCGUAACGCCAUUCGGCUCCACCUCACGCGUCACUGAAUUCGCCGAGUUCGUCAUCAAGUCGCACGGCAUAGGCCUGCACACCCCGCCCUGGGCCUUCCCGCUGCUCCCUGCCCCGCCGCCUCGGCUCCUCCCCUCGCACCUCCGCCAACGAAACGGGACGACACACGGCAUUCACGAGCAUGACUCGAACCCCGGCUACUCUGAUAAUGCCACCAGCAUGGCAGGUGCUGGUGGUGGCGCUGCUGCUGCUGCGGCUUCUGCUGCUGGUUUGACUCCUUCAGAGUUCUUGUGGUGGAGGGAUAGAGCACUGGCAGGGCCGUCAGUGAUCAACCAACUGGGGUAUUUCCCUUUGGUGGAUUGGGGAAUGCUGGGUGAGGGAAAUCGAGCCCCGCAGCAGCAGGAGCAGCAGGGGCAGGAGGAGGGAGGGCAACAGGGGCGGCACUUGUUGUGGAAAUCGGAAAGGGGAGAGGAGGGAGAGAGAGAGGAGGACAUGCAAGUGGAGGAACGGUGGGAGGAGAGGCAGAGGAAGCAGCCAUGGUGGCAGCACCAGCAGGAGCAGCAGCAGCAGCAGCAGCAGCAGCAGCAACAGCAGCAGCAGCAGCAAGGAGACGAGCUACAGCAUGCAUCAAUCAACCUCCUGGAGCAGAGCGAUUGGAGCCGGCCGGUGCGAGUGCUGGUGAUCCGGCGAGACUUCUUUCUCGCCCACCCGCGCAUGGAGAACAACGGGUGGGUGGAGGAGCGCGUGGGUGGCGUGAACGAGCUAGUGGGAUCGCUGAAGCAGUGGGCGUGGGAGCGCGGCGGGCUGAGAUUGUUAGAUGCGGCUGAGAGGGUGGAGAGGAUGGGAUCGGUGGUGGAUGGGGGGAAUUGGUGGAGGAUGAAUGGGGGCAGUGGGAGGGUGAGAGGGGCGGUGGGGAGCUGGGGGUUGGGAGGUGGAGGGGAUGGGGGCGGGAGGAGGAGGAGGAGGAGAAGGGAGGGAGGUCCUUCGGUUGAUCCGGUUUCUGUUGUUGGGCCUGUUAUUCCAGGUGAUUCUGCAUCUGCCGCUGCUGCUGCUGCCGCCGCUGCUGCUGCUGCUGCUAGAAGGAGAAGAGAGCAACAACAGGGGUGGGAAGGAGGAGGAGCAGGCAGGAAGAAGCGGCACAGACAGAGCAGCAGGAAAGAGCAAAGGCGGCGGGAUAGGUUUGGCAGCGGCAGAGGCAAACCAUUGAGCAAGCCGCAACGGAGGCAGCUGCAAAUGCGUCACGCUGAUUGGCUGAACCCCGAUUCGACCUACGCCCCCCACCAACAGCAGCAGCAGGCUGCACAGGGAGGAGGUAGCGAGGCACAAGCAGCGGAAGGCGCAGCAGCAGCAGGAGCAGCAGCAGCAGCUUCCCCGCCGCGUCUCGUCUUCAUUCUCAACGGCACCAUGACAGCCUGGUCCUUCCGGCAGCAAAUGGAGGCGGUAUACUGGGCGGACGUGAUUGUGGGUGCUCACGGUGCGGGUCUUACUCACGUCAUGUUCAUGCGCCCAGGAUCCGCUCUUGUGGAGUUGCGGCCGAUAUCGGAUGCGAGGGACCACUAUAACCUGCUUGCGAAUUACCGCGGGUUGCGGUAUGUGAGAAUAGAGCCGAACGAUAAUGGAGGUGUAGACGUGAUCGAUGUGACGCGGGCAUUUCAAGCUUUCGCCCUUCCCUCUUCUGCUAGUGAUACCAACAUGGAGCGCACGGCACCUCUCUUCGUCUUCGUCCUCUGUGCGGCGUGCCUCACUACCGGAGCCGCGUCUGCCGCCUCAAUCCUUCCGCCGUUCCUCGCACGCGACGCUGGCGUUGCUGCAGCGUCGUCUGCCGGCCAAGUCGCCAAGCCCAUGGCAUGGAAGGGGAAGACUAUGGCUAAGACUGCAACGCUCCUUGCUGCUUUGGCCUCGCUCGUAGUGUUCCGUUUCCCUUGCAUAUCAGUCAAAUAUGUGGCCAAGUUGCGUCCUACUAAGAGCAAUGGGAAGGUGAUCGGUGACAAGGGUGCAUCGGGGAAAUUUGUUUUGAAGGUUGUGAGGUACUCAGCUUCGUCCUACUAUGUCCACUACAAUCUAGGCGUCUUUAAGGUCGCCUCUGGCGGGAAAUAUCCCGUCCCAGCUGCCGCCAAGUCCUGCACUGCCACGCAGGUUACAGGCGGCGGCGGUGUGCCUUGGGUGAAUAUCACCAGCGACAAGACCGGUCGCAGCAAGCGUUACAGCUUUGCAGUGAAGCUGGAUGUAGGGCCGACGAAUCUGGCUCAAGCCCGUGGGACAAUUGCACAGAUGAGGUCUACCGGCGAGUAUUUUCGAGUUGGGCACGAGAAGAACGCGUUUGCGCUCUGUGGGAAGAUGAAGAAAGUGUAG